AUGGACUCUGAUAUACUUACAGAGAAUAAUUUUGACCAGUUAACGCAGGAACCAUUCGCCGCGGCUUGUACAACCUCUUUGGAUGAAACCAAUGAGCUUGAGUGGGAAUACGAAUACUCAACCACAGAAACAGAGACAUACUACUUGACCAUCGACCUCACUACUCCAGACGUGCCACCUACUCACCCCCCCUUUGACGAUACUAUCCGCAAGAAGACCAGGUGGCUAAAUCCGAGUAUCGGUCGUCAUCGAAGACAAACUCCUAUGCCACCUGCUAAUCGCGUUGCGAAAACAUACACUCUUGACGGAAGGAGGUCGCUAGUUGACAAUGAUGACAUAGUGAAAGGAAGUGACGUCGAAAGAGAAAUUGUUGCUGAAACCGAAAUAACAAAUAAUCCUACAGAGAUGAAAUCUGUGCAGAUCCUUGAUCUAGAGUCGGACCUUCCUAUAGUGGCAUACGAUGGGCAUGUCUAUGCUUGCAAUUGGGCAGAAAACAUCGGAACGGAAUUUCUUUUUAGUCCUCAUGCUGAGGAUGGGUUCGAACCUCUACCCAAGCUGCGCACAUUGCGAGGAAAUGUCGAUUUACUCGCCAGCAGUACGGCGCGUCUUAUUGCUAAAUCAGUAAAGCUUACACCAAAACAGACUACUAGGCAUAGUAUUGCCAAGCCCCGUGGACGAGAUAAAGUUUUAAUACCGGUUGGUCACGCUGCAAGUCAGCAACGAAAAGAUCAAGCUCUGUUCCUUGAACGUAUUAUUUUGGCUAAAGAGAAGCGCAAUGAGUUGGACAGCGUGACAAUUAACGCAAAACCACGCCUACCACCGCGGAGACUCCGAUCGCUUUUCGAAGAAAGGCGAUCGCAGGAGAGGACCGAGUUACAGAAGAAGCUUAAGCAGAAAACAGUCGAAGAAGCUGAUAAAGAGAUGGCAAAAGAACGUCUGAAAGAAAUGGAUAGAGAAGAUAUAGAGUGGAAAAGUAGAGUAGACGCAAAUUCUAAAUCAGGAAGAAAUGGAGGAAGACCUAAAAAAGUACCAUUUGGGCCCGGAAGUAGAGGAAAAAUCAUGAAAAGCACACUUUGGAGUCAAAGGAAUGUAAAGGGAAAAAGUCAAUGUGGAGAAAAGAAAGCCAACGCCCUUCUCAAUGCGACCUUAGACGAUGUAAAUAUUCUUCGGGGACACACGGCCGACCCAAACGAUGUAAUAGGAUCCGAUGAUGAUGCAGAAAAUAAUACUGCGGGUAAUAUAGACGGGGAAUCAUACACUAUCAGUAAAAUGAUGUAUGACGAUGAUGAAGAUAUUGAGGAAGAAGAUGAUAAUGUAUUAGAUGAGGAUAUUGACGGCGACAUGACCGAGUGA